UAAUACUUUUCGUAUUCUGCUCUUUUAUCUACACACAUAUCGGAAAUCAAAUCAAAUUUAGGUCUGGUACAAAAUGCCAUAUCUGUACGGUAUUGCGGACACCAAGUUUCUGGUGAAGAAACUCAAGAAGAAGGUGCGCACCAGUGUGCCGCCUAUCAAGUUUCGACGCAACGAGUUCCUCAAGGAACGCCCCAAGGUCGAACUCGAUGAUGUUCCUAUUCAGUUCCGUGCCACGCCUGCUUCCCUCGUGGAACUGUGCGUCAGUGUGGUGGAUAAGCUGCCGAUUCCAUCGAUCUAUGAGUGGAAUGAGAUGGAUAUAAGGCGUUGGAUCAAGAGAUAUGGUUAUCCCGAAUAUAUGAACACUUUUCGCGUUAACUUGAUCACGGGGCGUAAGCUGCUGCUGGUGGAUGCCUCCGCUAUGUCGGCCAUGAAUAUCAAGGACUUUGACCACAUUCGUCACAUUUCUUAUGGUAUCCGCAGCCUGUUCCACUUCGAGCUGGCCAAAUUCUCGCGCAGCAUCACCCUGCCCGAUGAGGAGCCAAAUGAGCUUUACCUGCUGUUCCACACCCAGACAGGAGUCAACUACGACGAGGUGCGUCGCUCGGAUUUGUAUCGCCGCAUGCAGGUGAUACGUCAGCGUUCCCAGAACCUGGACCACUGGGAUCUGCUGGAGCUGUGGCUGCGCCGCGAGCGAGAGCACAACUACACGGAGCUGCUGGGCAUGAUACCGCGCUUCAGCAUGUACAAGUGCAAGAAAGCGCCGCCAAUGGAGCCACCAGAAGUACAUCCCGAGGAUGUCAUGUGCAAAAACUGCAUUCCGCCCUGCGACUGUGACUGGACGGAGCGUGACCUGCGUCUGCCCUGGCGCCUCAACGUCCUAGCGCCACAGCUGACUUUGACCCGAAGCAAAUGGAUCGCCAUGGAGAAGAUCUGCACAGCGUGUAUUCCACCCUGCGAGUGCCGCUGGCCGCCGCGCUACUAUCUCACUGGCACGGUCAUCAAGUGUCUGCAGCAGAAGUUCCCCGAGAAGUUCUGUCCCAUCUUCGACGAGCGCAUGCGGGCCUCGGCGCGACCCAGUCUCGUGGAGCGUUGGACACGUUUCUCCAUUUGAUUUUUCUGCCAUACAUAUUUUAUAAUGCUAA